GCCAUGGUAACGGGGCGCCGAGCUCCAGCCUGCUUGCGUGUGUGUGAGAGACUGUGUGAUUGUGUGUUUCUAUAUUUAUGUAAUUGUGUGUGUGUGUGUUUCGCGCUUUCUUUCGCUCUUGCACGCACUGUAGUGAAGCAGUAGACCCGGAAAUCUGGACAAUUUUAAUCAUCAGCACGUGGAGGUUUGACUAUAGAAAGACUUCUGAUUUAAUACAAAUUGUUUUUAAUAAAUACAUUUAAAAAAAUCUAUAUAUAAUAAUAAUAAUAAAAAACCCGGGGCUGGGUUUGUAACUGCACACUGACCGGAUUGCACGCGCGCGUUUUGAUGUCUUGAGGAGGAUGAACGUGCGCACGGAUACAAUAGAGCGCGAGACAUAGCAGACCUCUCCGGCUCGCGCUCCGUUUCACCUUCAGCUCGUGCUGAUGUCUCGUGUCACUGUCUGACGGAAGUCCUGUUGCUCGUGCAGUGAACUCUCUUCCUCGCGCGCCGGUUCGGUUUUGGGUAGUACGACGUUAAACAUUAGGAGCGCGAGCGCGCUUAUGGUUUCUUUUCUUUUUCUUUUUUUCUUUCUCUUAACACUUCGUUAAUGUGAGCGCGUGCAUGCGCGUGAAAGUGUGUCAGUAUGAAUCAGUGCGCGCGGGUGUCCCCUGAUCCAUCUGUUCUGACGCGGAUCAAAUGUCCUUGUCAUACUCACACUAACGGGACACACGCCCCGCUGCCAUAUUAAACCAGGCGGAACAAAACAAGCACGCGGACGGAGGGACAGUCAUCGGCACCCACCGGAGGAGCAACAGCGUGAUCACGCGAGAGGGGGGGUGAGGGUGGGGGGGGUUAACGGAGGGCUUUAUCUGCUGAUGACCCCGCGGAGACACGCUGCUGCUGCUGCUGAUGAUGAUGACGACGAUGAUGAAGAUGGGGAUGACGAUGAAGAACGGAAAAGAAAUUUGCGCGCGGCUAAAUGACGCUCCAAGGGCGUUGAGUUUUACUGAGGCAGUGUAACAGGUCAGUGUGUGUGACCUCACGCACCAUGGAUGGAGCAGUGGGCGGAACAGUCGGAGGGCCCUCAUCAGACUCACGGCCUCUACGUAAUGGAGACACAAAGCGACGCAGUAAGGGAAGUUUACCAUCUCCCGGUUUCCGUCUGUCUCAGGCGUCUCUGGAUGGUGAGCUGGCCCCAAGACGCCGCCCAUCCGUCAUGAGCUCAUCACGAGAUGGCACAGGUACGUUCCGGUCUGGCACGGCUGCAGGCACGCCCACCACACCUGGCCAACCUAGUUCCGCCCCCUUAUUUGGCGGGCCACGUACUGUGGGGUUUGCGGCAUCCCGUGCUGCCCUUGCGUCCACCUCAUCCUCUGGCACUGGAGUAGUAGUGGUAGCUGCUGGAAGCGGGGCCUCAGGAGGGGUGGAGCCAACCACCACUAUAACUACAGCCGCUGGAAGUCCAGAGGUUGUUCCGGGACUGGAUGGAGAGGAGUAUUACAGCUACUCAAACCAGUCAACGUUUAUGCAAAGGCAACUUGGGGCCAUGUUACAGCCUGGAGUUAACAAGUUCUCACUACGCAUGUUUGGAUCCCACAAAGCUGUCGCUCUCGAACAGGAACGACUGAAGAGUGCCGGUGUUUGGAUCAUCCACCCAUACAGUGACUUCAGGUUUUAUUGGGAUCUCCUAAUGCUCUUGUUGAUGAUGGGGAACUUGAUCAUCCUUCCAGUGGGAAUCACGUUCUUUAAGGAUGAGAACACUCCACCAUGGAUCAUCUUUAACGUGGUGUCAGACACAUUGUUUCUAGUGGACCUGGUGCUGAACUUUAGAACUGGCAUUAUGAAGGAGGACAGCACUGAGAUCAUGCUUGACCCCAAAGCUAUUCGUCGCCACUAUCUAAGGAGCUGGUUUGUUGUUGACUUCAUCUCCUCUAUCCCUGUUGACUACAUCUUCCUCAUGGUGGACCUGGAAGAGCGCCUAGAUUCUGAGGUGUAUCGAACAGCUCGAGCUCUGCGCAUUGUUCGUUUUACAAAAAUCCUUAGCCUGCUGCGCCUGCUCCGACUGUCUCGCCUCAUCCGAUACAUCCACCAAUGGGAGGAGAUCUUCCACAUGACGUAUGACCUGGCUAGUGCGAUGGUGCGGAUUGUUAAUCUCAUCGGGAUGAUGUUGUUGCUGUGCCACUGGGACGGCUGUCUGCAGUUCCUUGUCCCCAUGCUGCAGGACUUCCCCACCGACUGCUGGGUUUACAAGAACAAUAUGGUGAAUGACUCGUGGGGAGUGCAGUACACAUACGCUCUGUUUAAGGCGAUGAGUCACAUGCUAUGUAUCGGCUAUGGUGCUCAGGCUCCAGAGGGAAUGACUGAUGUUUGGCUAACCAUGCUUAGCAUGAUCGUAGGAGCAACGUGUUACGCCAUGUUCAUCGGCCAUGCCACUGCUCUCAUCCAGUCACUGGACUCCUCACGAAGACAGUACCAAGAAAAGUAUAAGCAAGUGGAACAGUACAUGUCUUUCCACAAACUUCCAGCUGAUGUGAGACAGAAGAUCCACGAGUAUUAUGAACAUCGUUAUCAGGGCAAAAUGUUUGACGAGGAGAAUAUCCUAGGGGAACUGAGUGACCCACUAAAGGAGGAAAUUGUGAGCUUUAACUGCCGCAGUUUGGUGGCUAACAUGCCACUGUUUGCUAACGCUGAUCCAAACUUCGUGACUGCAGUACUCACAAAGCUGCGCUUUGAGGUAUUUCAGCCUGGAGACUUUAUAAUUCGUGAGGGGACCAUUGGUCGAAAAAUGUACUUUAUUCAGCAUGGACGAGUAAGCGUCCUCACCAGGGGAAACAAGGAGACCAAACUCAGCGAUGGAUCAUAUUUUGGAGAGAUCUGUCUCUUGACCCGUGGCAGAAGGACAGCAAGUGUGAGAGCAGAUACAUAUUGUCGUCUUUACUCUCUAAGUGUGGACAGUUUUAACGAGGUUCUAGAGGAACACCCGAUGAUGAGACGGGCAUUUGAAACAGUCGCAGCUGACCGGCUAAACCGCAUUGGUAAGAAGAACUCCAUCCUCUUGCGAAAGACAUCUCAGGGUGGCUCUGUGGCAAGCAGCACCCUGGGCCGUGGUGGUGGGCCUGGGACUGGUGGUGGAGCAAGCAGUGGCCGUGGAGGUGCAGGAUCAUGUGACAGCAUUUUAGUGCAGCAGAUUGUUAAACAUGACAGCAUGCCAGCCAUGCAGGAUGCUGCUACUGGUAACUGGAUUGGUGGAGCAGGAGGGACUGUGACUGGAGUUAUGUCAUCACACCCACGGCCAGUAAUCUGGGCUCCAUUGGUCCAUGCCCCCUUACAAACUGCAGCAGCUGCUUCAAAUGUUGCCAUUACUCUUCUCCAGCAACAACAGCAGCAACAGCAGGGCAUGUUUCUUCACUCCCCCCUAUCAAUUUGCCCUACCCCUCUACCUGUUUGCCCUUCCCCUGUUCCUAUUUGUCCCUCUCCCUCCUCUUGCCCCCUCUCACCUCCACGUGCCCCUAUUCUGCCACCCCGACAGUCCCUUAGUGCUAUCAUAACCCCCCGUGGAAGCCACACUUCUACUACAUCAACUCCUUCCCCUUCGACAGCAGGGCCACCUAUUAUUGGUGGAGCAGGAGUCACCAAAACACCUUGCACUGCCAUGUCAUCAGUCCCUGUCCCCAUGCAGGCCAGCAGGACUCUGCACAACAACCUCCGUCUUCAGACAGAACCAAGUCUUAUGGUAAUGGGAGGGGCUAAUACAUUAACUCUUCAAAAAACCAUGACGCCUUUCUCUGGAGCAAAAGAAGCUCUAAUGCGUCAUGUUGGAGGUGGUAGCACUCAGGGCCUCCCCUCAUUGGGACGUCUGACACAAGAGGCACGUCUGCUUUCUGCCUCUCAGCCCACUCUUCCCAAUCGUGGUUGGCCACACCCUCCACUUCAUAGAAAAGCUUCUGGGGGAAACUUACUCACUGCUCCUUUUGUGAUGUCACAGGCUCCAUUGGUGUGGGGGGGUAGUGCAGGCAUGCUUAACUCUCACAAUCCACAAAUGCAGAAAAUACCUGCUCAGACAUCUUUGCCCCUACCCUCUCCACUCAAACACACACAAUCAGCCACACAGGCCACACCCCCUCCCACUGGCUCCUCUCCUGCAAAAACACAUACUUCAUACCCCUCAGCUCAUGUCUCUCCAGCCUCAGGCCCUGCUUCUUCUGCCCCACUGAUGCUUCAAACCCAGCAUCCAAAACCUGCCCCUACAAGGUCGCCCCCUUCCCCUUCUUUCUCUAGUUCAGAUACAAAUUCUAACCCCACUUUUGUUUCUCCCCAAACUCAGAGUAGUAAGCCCUCACCCACUUCCCCUUCUCAGCCUCAGAGUCCCCGUUCAAAACUUUCUCAGACUCCUCCUCCACCUUCUCCAUUAUCCUUUACUCCAACUGCAACUCCAUCACACACACGUACCCCAACCCCUAUUCAUACACCUGCUCCAACACCUACACACACUCAACCUCCACCCCCAAUCUCAGUUCACACCCAAGCUAGAACAAACACACCAACUCAGACUCCAAGUUCAACAACUCAGCCUCAAAUAACAAAUCAGACCCAAAGUGUAACUUCUGUUGCACCUUCUUCCCAAACUGGAACCUCUGUUCAGAUGCCGAUUGUACUUUCUCCAUCCCGUUCUUCACCCACCCAAAGCCCCCUGCAAACCCAAGCUGCAAUCAUGGCCCAAACUCAAACCCAGAUUACACCUCAAACUCCACCAUCUGUGCCAGCUCUGCCCCAACCUUUAGCCACUCUACAAAUACCUCCAACUCCAAUCAACAGCACGCAAAUGUCAGCUCACGAAAAUAUAGCCAGGUCUCCACUCACUCAAAGCCCAAUCCAAAUGCUGAAUCAAACCCAAUCUGCUACUGCCACCAUGGCUCAAACCCUGACUUCUGUUCAAACUCUAUCCUCUGUACAAACUAAGAUUUCUCCUGAAACUACAUCACAAAAUCCACCUCUAGCCCAAUCCCGAAAUAUAAGCCCAGUCCUAAACCAAACUGUAACACAAACUCCAUCUUCAUCGCUUCCAUCACUGUCACAAAAUGCCUCUUCUUCAACACUUCAAAUCCCAAAAGCAUCCCAAUCUUCAGCAUCAAUGCCACUCACUGAGCCUCCAUCCACUCUCCAAACUCCACAGCCUUCUUCCACCCUCUGCUGUUCCUCACCACAGUCUCCUACGGCAUCUUCUACCCCACUUUGUGUCUCACCAGGACUUGCCACCGCAGUUUCAGACUUAGGGGCCUCAAACACGGCGUCCUACGCGUCUUCAAAGUCUGGGAAAUCAGACACAGACACAGUUACAUCACAGAGGAAAUCUGAUGCACUUAGAAACAAGUUUCCUGCUAACAUGUAAAGAGUCAUAGAUCAUUGCAGCAGCUGAUAGAUUAGAGUUUAUAACAUUAGUGAUUAUAAGCAGCAGGUGAAGGAGCAGAGCUGGAAAAAGCAUGUCAUAUCUUUUGCUUUAAAUACAUAGAACACUGAGUAGAGCAUAUAAAUGUGAUUUGAAUGUCAACUGCUCAUUGAGUGGGGAUGAUGACUUAUCAGAAACAAACCCUUAUUUACAUUAAUUUCUUAAAAUUUCAAUGAAAACAAAACUGACCUGAAAAGCAAUAUACUGACAAAACAUUAUUUUCCAGCUCUGUCCCCUUCAGUCACUUUUUAUUCACCAAAGUGUAAUAUAAUAUAAAUAAUUAUACAAAUAACAAUAAUGACUAUUAAUAUAAAUGUCUGUACUAAUUAGGUACAAAAUGUAAAAAAAAUAUUUCUGUACUAAUUAGGAGUAAUUCAUUCAUAGUGUCUCGUCUCAGGUGUUUGGUGUUAGUUAGAGACAGUGCAGCUAUAGUGUUCUUGUACACACACACACACACACACACACACACACACACACACACACUACUGUGAUUCUUUGUGUUUAUGGUGUGCAGUGAUGUAGUUCCACACAGCUCUGUAUAUAUAACAGCUUCACUGUUGGUCUAUGAAACACUCUGAGGCUCUGUUCCAAUAGUGGAACACUUCCCCAAGUCCACUUCUCUUGGUUAAGUGGUUAAGUGUUCUCAGCCACUGUAAUUAGAUUAAGUAAAAUGUAUAAAGCAGUGAUCAGAUUAAACAUGAUCUCUUUUUUCUUAGUGCUUACACUGGACUUUACCAGUUGGAAAAAUCACCAUGCCUUGUGUGAGAACUGCUUGAGGGAAUCACCUAUAUAUAACAUAUAUACCUAUAAAUAACACUUUUAUUGUGGAGGAAGAGAUGUUUCAGUUCUUCACCAGUUAAAAUUAUGUUCAUAUCCAAACAAUUUGGGAUACAACAUUGAUAUUUCACAUAAGUGUUAGUUGUAAUACAAAGUGUAAAUUUAGUGUAAUUCUUGUCUUGUCUUAUUAAUUUAUCAGCACUAAUGCAAUUAUUGAUGUUCUGGAUGAUUCCAUCUCAUGUCCAUGCUCAAUGUCUUUCCACUGUCUCCAUAAAACACAUGAAAAGUUUAGUUUACACGUAGGCUAAUUCAUUAGUCUCAUCCAAAGCAAAAGCAAGGUCAUCUGUCUCGGUUGCCUAGCAACUAGGCUUCACAAGUUUAACUCCCUGAAUGGUUUCACAACAAUAUCACAAACAUCUUAACGUCAGAGGAAGUGAACAUGGGCACAGUGCCAUUCAUAUCCAUCUGUAUGAUCAACACACACACACACACACACACACACACACACACACACACACACACACACACACAAUGUGGUUGUAUGUGUUGGUGCAAUUAGCAUUCUCUUUUCAAAACCAGGCUGCCUAUAGAGUGUGCACUUACGGACCAAAUGGGUUUUAUUUUUCUGUUAAGGAUGGGGAUGGGUGUAAAUAAGCUGCUGUGGUGGUGGUCACUUAAGGAUGUGGGGGUUUGUGCAGGUAUGGGGGAGUUGGGGGGUGAUGUAAUUUAAAGUGAAUGAUGGUGCAUAAGAUGAUGUUAAAAAAAAUAAAGACA